AUGAUCUUACGUCACAGUGACCAGCAGACAAUUCGUUAUCACGACCAUUUGUGUACAGUGCAUACGAUUUAUUUUUUGCAUUUGUUUACAGAUUGUACAAUAAUGGAUUUUCAUUCCAGUUCAGGAGAACCCAAGGAUGACCCAGUCACCACCGUGCAAGCCGGAGAGGAGGCGGUGAUUAAUAAUGAAAUCAGCCGAGAAGACGUGCUGAUAGAAAAACUUGAGGAGAUGUACCUCAAACUGCAUGAAAGUGGCUCACAGAGGAGAGAUACAUGGGAAGGAGAAGAUGCUGAAUAUUACAAUGUCAAACUCAAAAAAUCUGAGAAGCUCGCCAAGAAAAAGAUAUCGAAAUCUGAGCUGGCGGUCAAUAACUCAAAGCAAGCCGGGACUCCAGGGGAAGUUAUAGUGAAGACCAAGGAAAAGAGAUAUUCUUUCAAACAAGCGGACAGACAGAAAAGAAUCAAGGAGGGAAAAGAGAAGACAGAAGAGGAAAUAAAAAGAAUGGAGCAAAUAAGGAACUAUGCCCUUCAGAGAGGAGUGAAGACUAGGCGUCGAAGAAAAAGAGGAUUUAAGAGUGAACACAAGGUUAAGAGAAACCAAAGUGUUGAAGAUGGUUUUAAUUACAAAACAAAUGCCAGAGUUGAGGAAUUGGACGUUCAACUUGUAAGAAGCAACCCUGUUUGGACAUUUGGACGUUUCACCAUAAACAAAGAAAGAGAACAUGCCAGUUGGAGGUCGGCAAUUACACUUAUUGCUCCAAAGGACAUCCAGAGUCUUUUGUUUGGAAAGUCUACCACAUUUGUUGGAAUAGCAAAGGCUUGGCUUGAGUCCUAUCCUCGCUUUCAACGUUUUGAAGUUGUCGUUACAUACUACAAACAACCCGAUUUCAAUUUCGGAACAAGCUCCCUGGCUAACUGUGGAAUAGUGCAGCCGUACACAUCUGCCAAAGAAACUAUUUUCGCUCAAUUGCCCUCCAAUGCUGCUAAAUCCGCAUACCAAGACAUUACGGAGCUUAUGGAAGGAAGAGCCAUGCUAAGACCGGGCAAUAUGAAGGUUCCAUUUGGUGCAGAAAACCCCAAAAAUGACGUGAGAAAACAGGCAAUGAGAGCAGUUCAUGCACAGCUUUUGGAGAAGGUCAUUGAAAUGAAGUCUAAUAUGAAAGCUAGAAGGGAGAAAAUGGCAGCUAUUCAUGAUGAAUUAAAGAGAUUGGUUUUCAAAAAAGGACUGGGUAUGAAUGAGGAUGAGGAUGCAUGUUUUGUUCCGCGAAGACUAUUUCUAUUUGAUAUCAAGGAGUUUCGGGAAGUGCCUCAGGUUGUAAUGACUGCGCAUGUUCCCCCAAACAUACCGUACAUACCCCAAACUUACGAAGAGAUACCGAGCUGUUCAAAUCAACCAUUGGCAGAUCAUGUAGAAGAGAAAGAGACUGCUGUAAAGAAAACGAAAACAUCGUUUGGCGGAAGGUUGCUUAAAUUUUUGGGAUUUCGAUGAUAUAAAGCGCUAAAACAACAAUUUUCACAUCUCAU